UGCGGCCUGCACGUCGAUACUGUGGUUGGUGGUUGACGGGCAAGCCGCGGUUGGCAGGACACGAGUUGGUUUGACAAGCAAGAAGGGGUUGAUUCGUCUGGCCAUCUCCCAAAACUCCGAAUCAUCACCUCGUGGGUUUCUAUAACUGAAAAUUGCUUCCCAAACCUUCAGGCAUAAAAUAGCAUAGUCCUGAAUUAUAUCAACAGACACGCUUUCAGGACAGGCUCAAAGUACUGCGAUCAUGGCCGCCACACACGGCGAUCCGGAGGCCCACCUGGUCGCUGAAGACGACAUUUCCGAUAGCGAACAGGAUCUUGAGAGUCUUCGGUCAGAGACUACGAGCGUGAAGGACUCUAUUCUUGAGUAUAGAAUUGAGAAUGGAAGAUCUUAUCACAAGUACAAAGAUGGCAAAUAUGCCUGGCCUAAUGACGACAUGGAAAAGAACAGACAAGAUAUGCAACACGAAAUUUGCCUCCUUACGUUUCACGAGAGGUUAGGGUUCGCUCCUCCUUGCGAUGAGAGCGCCAAAGUCGGCCGCGUUCUCGAUCUGGGUACUGGAACCGGCCUCUGGGCCAUUGACUAUGGCGACAACCACCCAGAGACGGAAGUGCUGGGCGUUGAUCUCUCUCCCAUUCAGCCACGAGAUGUGCCUCCUAACGUUAAGUUUGAGGUUGACGACGUCGAGGAGGAAUGGCUCUACUCACGGCCUUUUGACUACAUCCACCUUCGAUUUAUGAAUGGCUCAAUUUCGGAUUGGAAGAAGAUCAUUCAGAAAGCCUACGAUAAUCUCGUCCCGGGUGGCUACUUUGAGAUCCAGGAGUCAGAGUUCAUUAUCAGAGCCGAUGAUGGCACUCUUCCCCCCGAGAAACCUCUGGACCAAUUUGUUUCCCUCAUUCGGGAAGCUGCGGAAAAGUUUGGGCGUAGAUUCGCUCCUGUAUCUGAGAUAAGGGAGCAGAUGGUUGAUGUUGGAUUCGGAAACGUGGUCCAGCAGAACUUCAAGUGGCCUUCUAACCCAUGGCCGAAAGAUGACCACCACAAGAGGAUUGGCGAAUGGAACUUCCACAACUUCGUGGAUGCUGCUGAAGCUAUGGCUCUCGCACCUUUGACUCGCGUCCACAACUGGACGAAGGAGGAGGUCCAAGUUUUCCUUGUAGGCGUUCGUAAGGAUAUGAGAGACAAGAGAAUCCACUCGUACAUGCCCAUAUCAACUCUUGUGGGUAGGAAACCCUUGAAGGAAGAUACUCCGGCUCCACCUCAAGAUCAGAGCACGCCAGCAACUGCAGCUUGAUCCUGGCGAAGGUUCUUCCACGUCCCUCUAGAAUUACUAGCCAGGAAAGCAAUAGCUAUAUAAAGUAUUGGGUCAAAUUGCACAAUUAAUUGGC